AUGGAUGCCAGCUUGGUACAUGAUCCAUGGGCUGAUACCAGUAGCAAGAACAUCACUCCCAUCUUAUACCCUACAAUCAUGAUCAUCCCCACAGGCAAUGGAUCUGUGUGCACCUCCAUAAUCAUGGGUGAGGCUCCAGGAAUCAAAGCCUGCACUGUAAUCUAUGAUGUACCUGGGCACUCUGCAUAUGUUGGGAUCUGGCUUUUGAUCUGUGCUAAUGACCAGGAAGUGGUCCAGGCAGAGGCCUGCUUUGACUAUGACUCCAUUGACACCAUUACAUGGAGUGUAGCUGCUACAGAAGAGACCCUCCCCCCCAACAUUGCUACUACAAUCUAG